AUGGCUUUCUUACGACAUUAUAUGCCAAUUGAUAAGAUUCAAGAUGUUAAACAAAACAAAAAUAUCCGUAACGUAAACGUUACUACUCGUGAUCCUCGUUAUUUAGCGCCAGUACAAUGUGGUGAUAUUAUGGAAUUUAACGUAAAUAGAAUAGGUAAAUAUGAUAUAUUUCAAGUAUAUCGAAAUGGUAAUGAUUAUUACAAAAUAUAUAAUGGUUUUGAAUUAUGCAAUAUAACAUACUGUACACCAGAAGAAAAGAGAUGUAUGUUCCUUUCAUUAGCUCUUGAUCCAGAUUUAUCUGAAACUGAGUUCAUUUUUUGUGUUAUUCCAUCAUCGAGACGUGGAGAAAUAUCAAAAACAGGUAUAUGUCCACUGGCUUAUUGUACAAUAAAUCAUCUUGUAAUACAACGACGUGUACAGAAAUAUUUUCUAAUGAAUCAGAAAACAAAUCAAAAAGUUUAUUUACAUAAAGGCGAUACAAUUGAACUUACAUGGUCAUCAGAAGAUGAUAUUACCUAUCGUAUUGAAGAAAAAAAAUAUUGUCCAAUAUCUGGUGGUCUUUAUACUCCUGAACAAACAUUUGAUAGUACAUUAGCCGAAGGAAUGUAUAGAAAAACAUUUAAUGAACUUGGUAUGUCAUUUUUAUUUCGUUAUACUGAUACAAAUGAAAUUUAUGAUGUAAUUACUUGUAUUGUUAAUGAUGAAUAUAAAAUAAAACAUAUAUUAAUAACUGAUAAUAAGAUUCAACCAAAUAUUAUUCAUAUUGAACAACAUGAUUGGAUUAUGUUUGAAUGGCAUGGUAAACAUGCACAAAGUAUUGUACAAAUCGAACCAUUUCGUACUGAUAAAGAUCAACAAUCAAUUGAAAUGACAAAUAUUGGUGAACAUUUUUUUUGGCCACAUCAACCAUCACGUUAUGGUUAUAUGUAUCAUCAAUUUAAUGAAACAGGUGUGUAUUGUUUUAAAACUGCAGAUGGUCAAAUUGGUACGAUUAUUGUUGAACCACUGAAAACUAUUCGUCAUGUAUCGAUUCAUAGUGAUCGUUUAAUUUAUAAAAUGAAUACAAAAGGUUUAGUUCAGUUCAAUUGGAAUCAGUAUGAUACACCAGAAGAACCGGUAUUAAUUACUAUUGAUUCAAAUUCAUCACGAAUACCAGAUGAUCUUGAUAAUCGUACUGGAAUGUUUCAUUGUCGUGCGCAUCAAUGUACAAGAAUAGAACCAUUCUUUCGUCGUUAUUUUCAUUCAUGUGAAACAUUUCUUUUAAAUAUUCCUCAAUAUGGUUUUUACAAUUUUGCUUAUUCCGACAAUCCUCAUUAUCCUCUAAUAAGUCUGAUUGUUAAAAAUGGUAGUCAUACUCAUAGUGUUAUGUAUGAUGAACAGAAUAUAUUCAAACCACAUACAUUAGUAAUAAAUCGUCUUGAUCACGUAGAAUUUCUUCCAUCAUCAUCAAGAAGAGGUAGAAUAUUAUAUCAAAUUAAUGAAUAUGAUAAUCAAUCAGAACCGAAAAAAAUCUUAUUUCAACCACAAGAAAAUAGUAUUAAUUAUUUUAUUAAAGAAUUUUCGCAAUUAGGCAUUUAUUAUUUUUCAACGGAUAUUAAUAAUUCUAAUAAACAAAAGUCUAAACAAUCUUCAACACAUCCAUUAACAAUAAUUGUUCUACCUGAAAUUCGUUUUCAUCGUAAAUUAAUCAGUAAAGGAAAAUUUAAUGAUGAUCCAAUUAUAACAACAAAUCCAAAUGAUUUUGUUAUUUGGCAAUUCGACAAAAUUAUUUCUUAUAAUCUUGUUAAAUUACAUUUAAAUGACACAUAUAAUGAUAUAAUGUCAUGUCAUGAUCGAGCUACUGUUGGAAGAAUUCGACAAUGUCUUGCUGUACAUUGUAAAUCUAUUCCAUCUGGAGCAUCCUAUUUUUGUAGUCCAGAUUUUGAACGAGUUACUGGUGCAUAUAAAAAUCGACUUAUAUCAACAAUUAUUAUUGAUCCACCAUUUAAUCAAAAUUCUUUUUGUCUUAUUAAUCAACAAUUUGUUCCGAAAAUUUUAUAUGUUGCAGAAAGUGAGACAGUAUCAUGGGUAUUAAAUGAUCAUGCUUCAAAUCAUCGAAUUUCUCUACAAUCAAUUAACAAUGACAAUAGUGACGAUAGAAAUAUUGCAAUUAAUCAAAAUAUUGCUGAAUAUGUUAAUGGUAUUCAUCGUUUACAUACAUUUAAUCAACAUGGAAAAUAUAUUAUUAAAUCCGAUCGUUUUCCGGAUACAACAGCAAUUGUAGUUGUUUAUGGAGAUAUUGAUGUUGCAAGGCAUAAGAAACGACUUCAAAAACCUCAAAUAAUGGAAUAUAUCCAUGAUGUUAGUGAAUUUGAUACAAUAAUACAUUUAGAUGAUUCAAAUCAUCGUAAUACUAAUAUUUAUUAUACACUUGAUGGUUCACCUCCAACACAACACUAUAGAAAUGUUCAUCUUUAUAAUCGAAAUAAUGGUGUACAUUUGCGUCCAACAGGUUUACAUGUUUUACGUGCUUAUUCAACGUUAGAUGAAAAAUUAUCAAGUUUCAUUCAAUACAGCAGACCAACAUUUGUUUUGGACAAUGGAAGAUUAGACUCUCGACAAGACAGUGACAGCUCUGACUCUUCACAGGACAGUGACAUACCUGACUCUCCAUGGGACAGUUGUCGAAUACAUCUUUCACUUUUAAUACAAUAUCCAACCAAAAUAAAUGCAACAGUUAAAAUUCAACCAACACAUACAAUUGAUCUUAUUGAUCAUUUUGAAUUAUAUGUUAAUGGUAUUGCAUAUAGAUUCGUUAAAUCACUAGAAGAUAUUCAUUUGUCAACAAAAAGUUUAGUUGCUGGUAAACACAAUAAAAUAUAUGUUAUUGCUUAUCCAAAAGAUCAUAUUAGUCAUGCUCAACCAAUUCAAUCGAAUACACCAAGAUUUGAUUUUGGAAAAAAACCGCCCGCUUUUGUAACAAAUGGAGGCAAAACUGAUGAUGAUAAAGAUCGAGCACGAAUGCUUUAUGAAAAACUACGAGGGCUUGGAAAUAAGCCACACCAAUGCGAUUCAACUUGUAUACAUCCACACACAUCAUUUCCGGGUUUUCCUCAUUAUUUGGAUGAUUCAUCGGAAGGAACACCAACACCACCUGUUGAUCCAAAUCCAAAUCCAAAUCCAAAACCGAAACCAAAACCAAAACCAAAACCAAACCCAGAUACAGAUACAGACGAUGAUACGGGGAGCGACGGAGGCCCCACUUUGCCAUUUUCAGUAGAAAUUGUGGUUGCUAUUGAAAGUAAAGAUCGUCAGAUGAAAAAAUAA